CAUUUUCCAGCACUAUUUUUUCUCUAAGUCUAUAUUUGGAAUUUUCAGACCUCUCUUCCUUGGCGCGCACACGUUGCUUUUGUUUACUCAAAAACACUCUUCAACUUGUUUCUUCCCCAUGCUCAAAUCCAUCUAAUCUCAUUUUCUUUAAUGCAGAUGUGAUCUGGGCACCAAAUAUUUGUGUGAAAGUUGACAUCUUUUUGUUUUCUUAUUAUAGUAAAAUAGUCAAUAGACGUGCCCAUGUUGUGUACAUCAAUAAAUAAAUCUUGUUCUUGAAAAGUACUGCAAUUCCCCCAGAUCAUAUAAAGCUUUGUCAAUAGGGCGUUGUUUUAAAUUGGCACUGGAGGCAUGAGUUGCGGUCUUGGACAGGGUGAAAUCUUUAAUCUUUUUUAAGAGAUUGCGAAAUAGAAGAAGAAAUUUGUGAGGGGCAAUCACAUGGAAGAGACGUUUGUGCCUUUUCGUGGGAUCAAGAAUGAUCUCCAUGGGAGGCUGCUCUGUUACAAGCAAGAUUGGAGCAGUGGAUUCAGUGCUGGCUUAAGGAUCUUGGCUCCCACCACCUACAUAUUCUUUGCGUCAGCAAUCCCAGUCAUAUCUUUUGGUGAACAGCUGGAGAGGAAUACUGAAGGAGUUCUUACCGCUGUUCAAACAUUGGCUUCAACUGCAAUUUGUGGCAUGAUCCACUCCAUAAUCGGAGGUCAGCCUCUGCUGAUAUUAGGAGUGGCAGAGCCUACUGUUAUCAUGUAUACAUUCAUGUUUAACUUUGCCAAACAAAGGCCUGAUUUGGGCCGUGAUUUGUUCCUUGCAUGGUCUGGAUGGGUAUGUGUGUGGACAGCAGCUUUGCUGUUUCUUUUGGCAAUUUUAGGAGCAUGCUCCAUUAUUAACAGGUUCACCCGCCUCGCUGGAGAGCUAUUUGGGAUGCUUAUUUCCAUGCUUUUCAUGCAGCAAGCAAUCAAAGGAAUUAUAGAUGAAUUUCGCAUCCCAAAACGGGAAAAUCCCAAAUCAAUAGAGUUCACAUUUUCAUGGAGAUUUGCCAAUGGGAUGUUUGCUUUAGUUUUAUCGUUUGGUCUACUCUUUACUGCAUUGAGAAGCCGAAAAGCAAGGUCAUGGAGGUAUGGAACUGGUUGGUUUAGAAGCCUAAUAGCAGAUUAUGGGGUACCUAUUAUGGUUCUAGUUUGGACAGGGGUGUCCUACAUACCAUCACAAAGUGUCCCAAAAGGGAUUCCACGACGCCUCUCUAGCCCAAACCCAUGGUCACCCGGUGCAUAUGAGAAUUGGACUGUCAUUAAGGAAAUGCUGAAUAUGCCCAUUCUCUACAUAGUGGGAGCUUUUGUUCCAGCAACUAUGAUUUCAGUGCUUUACUACUUUGACCACAGUGUGGCAUCCCAACUUGCGCAGCAGAAGGAUUUCAAUCUCAGAAAGCCUCCUUCUUUUCACUAUGAUUUGCUUCUUUUAGGUUUUUUGACCCUAAUGUGUGGCCUCAUUGGCAUCCCUCCUUCAAAUGGUGUAAUUCCACAAUCUCCAAUGCAUACUAAAAGUCUGGCUACUCUUAAACACCAACUACUUCGGAACCGACUUGUUGCAGCAGCACGCGAAAGUUUGAAGAGCAACUCAAGCCUGACACAAUUAUACGGGAACAUGCAAGAAGCUUAUAAAUGGAUGCAAACUCCUCUAAUCCAUCAGCAUUCAUCACCAAUAGGGCUAAAAGAGUUCAAGGAAUCAACCAUCCAAAUGGCAUCAAGCUCAGGGCACAUUGAUGCCCCGGUUGAUGAGACACAUUUUGACAUUGACAAGGAAAUUGAUGAAUUGUUGCCUGUAGAGGUGAAAGAGCAGCGGUUGAGUAACUUGCUUCAGGCGACAAUGGUGGCUGGCUGUGUUGCCGCAAUGCCUGUUUUGAGAAUGAUCCCAACCUCUGUGUUGUGGGGUUAUUUUGCUUAUAUGGCCAUUGAAAGCCUACCCGGGAAUCAAUUCUGGGAGAGAAUAUUACUACUCUUCAUCGCGCCUAGUAGAAGAUACAAGGUUUUGGAGGACUACCAUGCAACUUUUGUAGAGACGGUGCCUUUCAAGGCAAUCGCGACAUUCACGAUAUUUCAGACAGUGUACUUGCUUGCCUGUUUUGGGAUAACUUGGGUUCCAAUUGCUGGGCUUCUUUUCCCUUUACUGAUCAUGCUUUUGGUUCCAAUAAGACAAUAUGUUCUGCCCAAGUUUUUCAAAGGUGUACACCUUCAGGAUUUGGAUGCAGCAGAUUAUGAAGAGGCACCUGCUGCGCCUUUCAACCUUCCCACGGAGGAAGUUGGCACAAGGUCAUCUAUUGCUGGUGGGGGAGGAGAGAUUUUAGAUGAAAUUAUAACGAGAAGCCGAGGUGAGAUAAAGCAUAUAAACAGUCCCAAGGUAACUAGCUCAAAUGCAAGCCCAUCGCGAGACUUAAGCCCACGGUUGAUAGGAAGAGCUUUCAGCCCACGAGUGACCAGAGUAAGAGGAGAGCAAAGCCCACUCUCCGGCAAGAAAGGAGGAGCUUUCAGCCCAGCUGGCUAAAGUGUAAGCAUGGUUCAAAGGGGUAGCUUCAAAUCACCACUUCUUCCCAUAUGAUGUGAAUAACUUUGCUCCUGUAUAAUAAAGUUAGUUCCAUAUGGAUGACUUCUAAAAUGAAAGGAAGGCAAAAAAAAAAACUCCC